AUCUUGAAAGGUGGUGCCAUGAAUGGUGACCCUCGGGCUGCAGUGGUGACUUCACCACCCCCGACCACAGCCCCUCACAAGGAGAGGUACUUUGACAGAGUGGAUGAGAACAACCCAGAAUACUUGCGGGAGAGGAACAUGGCGCCAGACCUUCGCCAGGAUUUCAAUAUGAUGGAGCAGAAGAAGAGGGUGUCCAUGAUUCUGCAAAGUCCUGCUUUCUGUGAAGAGCUGGAAUCCAUGAUACAAGAACAGUUCAGGAAGGGGAAGAAUCCUACAGGCCUGUUGGCGUUACAGCAGAUUGCAGACUUCAUGACGGCGAAUGUGCCCAGCGUCUACCCGGCAGCCCCUCAGGGAGGGAUGGCUGCCUUAAACAUGAGUCUCGGCAUGGUGACCCCCGUGAAUGACCUCAGAGGUUCUGAUUCCAUCGCAUAUGACAAAGGCGAGAAGUUGCUGCGGUGUAAACUGGCUGCCUUCUACAGGCUGGCCGACCUCUUCGGGUGGUCUCAGCUCAUCUACAACCACAUCACGACCAGAGUGAAUUCUGAGCAGGAGCACUUCCUCAUUGUUCCUUUUGGGCUUCUUUACAGUGAAGUGACUGCGUCCAGCUUGGUCAAAAUAAAUCUACAAGGUGAUAUAGUGGAUCGUGGAAGUACUAACCUUGGCGUCAAUCAGGCUGGCUUCACGCUGCACUCUGCCAUCUAUGCUGCUCGGCCAGAUGUCAAGUGCAUUGUGCACAUCCACACCCCCGCUGGUGCUGCGGUGUCUGCAAUGAAGUGUGGCCUCCUGCCGAUCUCCCCGGAGGCGCUGUCCCUUGGAGAAGUGGCCUAUCACGACUAUCAUGGCAUUCUGGUUGAUGAGGAGGAGAAGGUGUCGAUUCAGAAGAAUCUGGGGCCUACAAGCAAGGUGCUUAUUCUGCGGAACCAUGGGCUCGUGUCUGUUGGAGAGAGUGUGGAGGAGGCAUUCUACUAUAUCCAUAACCUGGUGGUGGCCUGUGAGAUUCAGGUUCGGACUCUGGCCAGCUCAGGAGGACCAGACAACCUAGUUCUGCUGGACCCUGGGAAGUACAAAGCCAAGUCUCGUUCCCCAGGACCUCCAGAGGGGGAAGGCAGUGGGUCACCUCCCAAGUGGCAGAUUGGGGAGCAGGAAUUUGAAGCCCUCAUGCGGAUGCUGGAUAAUCUGGGUUACAGAACCGGUUACCCUUAUCGAUACCCUGCUCUGAGAGAGAAAUCUAAAAAAUACAGCGAUGUGGAGGUUCCUGCCAGUGUCACAGGCUACUCCUUCGCCAGUGACGGUGACUCAGGCACUUGCUCCCCUCUCAGACACAGUUUUCAGAAGCAGCAGCGGGAGAAGACAAGGUGGCUGAACUCUGGCCGAGCUGAGGAAGCUUCUGAGGAAGGGCAGAAUGGAAGCAGUCCCAAGUCGAAGACUAAGGUGUGGACGAACAUUACACACGAUCACGUGAAACCCUUGCUGCAGUCUCUCUCGUCCGGUGUCUGCGUGCCAAGCUGUAUUACCAACUGCUUGUGGACUAAGGAGGAUGGACAUAGAACUUCCACCUCUGCUGUCCCUAACCUGUUUGUUCCAUUGAACACUAACCCCAAAGAGGUCCAGGAGAUGAGGAACAAGAUUCGAGAGCAGAACCUGCAGGACAUUAAGACAGCUGGGCCCCAGUCCCAGGUCUUGUGUGGUGUAGUGAUGGACAGGAGCCUUGUCCAGGAUGCACCCCUCUCUGACUGUACGGAAACUAUCGAAGGGCUCGAGCUUACAGAGCAGACCUUUAGUCCCGCUAAGUCUCUCUCUUUUAGAAAGGGGGAGCUGGUGACGGCUUCCAAGGCCAUCAUUGAGAAGGAGUAUCAGCCGCAUGUCAUCGUGAGCACUGCGGGCCCCAACCCCUUCCAUGCGCUCACUGACCGCGAGCUGGAGGAGUACCGCAGGGAGGUGGAGCGGAAGCAGAGGGGUGCGGAGUGUGAAGAGACUGUGGACAACUCUAGAGAACAGAAAGACAAGAGUCCUCCAGACCAGCCGGCUGUGCCCCACACGCCCCCCAGCACCCCUGUCAAGCUGGAGGAAGACCUCCCGCAGGAGCUGCCCUCUGUGGACGACAGUGAUGCUGCCACCUUCAAGCCCACACUCCCCGACCUGUCCCCUGAUGAGCCUUCAGAAGCAUUGGGCUUCCCACCAGUGGAGGAGGAGACAGCAGCCCCUGCCACGGCAGAGCCAGAGCCAGAGCCAGAGCCAGCCUCGGCCCCAGUGGCUGAAGAGGCAGCCCUCCCGGCUGCCGAGGAGGGGUCUGCUGCGGACCCUGGCAGCGACGGGUCCCCAGGCAAGUCCCCGUCCAAGAAGAAGAAGAAGUUCCGCACACCCUCCUUCCUAAAGAAGAGCAAGAAGCGUGAUUCCUGAAGGCCCUGUGCAAACCACGUGCUGUCCUGCCUGAAGUGACUCUGGCUCUACCAGCGUCCUCAUUAUGUGUCCUGUUCUGUCCUCUUGUGUAAUGGAAUGCAAAAAUCCAAGCACCAUGUAGCUAGAGCCCCACCCCACAUGACCAACCCCUGCAGAGCCGUGCUACAAGUGUCCCUCAGCCUGGGAGCCUCUGCUCAGUGCUGUGAGCUGUGUUCUCCCAAGGGUGGGGGGGGGUCCAUCAUGGCGUUGGUGGCAGGUCCCAGAGACCUCUGCUCCUCUGGUCACAGGUGCGACCUCCUGAGCCCAACCCUUACUCCUCUUUGUGCCCUUAGGCGUCCUGUCCCUGCUCGGCUCUCCAGCCCAGGUGUCUCAGGUGACGGAAUCUGACUCGUAGCUUCUGCUGGCUCAGUGACCCCUUUAUCUUGCACAUGGCCCCAUCCUGUGGAUGCUCUCGCAUGCCCACCGUGGCCUGGUCCCGUGGCUACCUGCAGAGCUGGGCCCAGUCUCAGGAUGGCCCACGUGCACCCAGCUCGCUGUGCAUGGUCUCACUGGUGACCCUGACCAAAACCAGAUUCAAGAGUCCCUGG